AUGAAAAUGUGCCUGAGGGUAAUUUAUAUUGUAAAAAUAUUUUUUCAUUUCUUAAAAGCAAAUCAAGACAAUUUAACAACAAAUCAUACAACCUUUAAUGUUUUUCAUUUUUUGGGGGCUAGAGAGACCAUUCAAAACUAUCAAAAUAAGUUUAAAGAAAAACAACAACAAUUAUUAUCAACAAAUCAAAAACCUUCACUUAUUUUAUUUUAUGAGAUUAAAAAUAUUCCUCAAAAUAAUAUUUUGAAAAAUCCAACAGAACCAGAACCAACAACAAAUUUAUUAAAUGAUUUUAAUAAAGGUUAA